AAAUCUACUGUUGGGAUAGACACAUCCAUGGCCGACUCUACUAGAGUAGAGUCCGCCAUGGUACAUCUGUUUUUUAUGGUCCCGUCCUACUGUUGAAGGAAAUAUCCAUCUGGCAACACUGUCUGGUCUACGGUUGGUAUCGUGCAUUGUAUUAUGGUUGGUAUUCCUGCCCCCUCCCCCCUGCCUGCAUGAAAGAAACUUUCUGGAAAAGUCGACAUCUUGUUUCUUUUGUAUAAUCAAUACAAAAGUUAAUUUGUUGCAAAAAUUGUUCCAUUUUCUUCUGUUUUGCGCUAGAAGCAAAAUGGCUGAAGAUUUGGACGUCGAAGCAAUGCUGGAAGCUCCCUUCAAAAAGGAUGAUGAGCUGAACAGCAGGCAUCGAGAGAAUGGAGAUGUUAGCAGGCAUCGUUCUUCUGACGGAAGUAAGAAACGUAGCCGCAGUCGUAGCGGCAGCCGAUCGAGGACAUCCCGCCGCGGCAGCCCCAAGAAUGGCGGUCGCAGGAGCGGCAGCAGAAGCAAACGGAGCCUGAGCAGAGGAAAACGGAGCGUUAGCAAAGGAAGAAGAAGCACCAGCAGAAGGAGGAGCACCAGCAGAAGAAGGAGUACGAGCAGAUCGAGAAGAAGCAGAUCAAGGGAGAGGAAGCGCGACAAAGACAAGAAACGCGCAAGCAGCCGGUCGCCUGACAGAAAACGCAGGCCGAGCAGCAGAUCGCCGCCCCCGCGUGUACGAGGCAGAAGCCGAGAGAGGGGGCGUGGAGGCAGGAGCAGUCGAAGCAGAGAUAGAGAUAGAGGAAGUAGCAUCAAACGGAGGAGUAGCAAGAGCAGGGAACCGAGGAGAGCUAGUCCUCCACUGCCCAUACCGAGAAGGAGAUCACCGACGCCGCCCCCAGUCUCUAAGCCGCCAUUUGGGAAAAGAGGUCGAUCUCCGCCGCCGGGAAUUCGCAGCGGAUCUCCUUUAGAGGAACUGAGUCCUGAAGAACGAGAUGCCAGGACCGUGUUUGUGAUGCAACUCUCUCAAAGGAUACGAGCUCGUGACCUAGAAGAGUUUUUCAGUUCAGUGGGUAAAGUCAGAGAUGUCAGAAUGAUCGUUUGCAACAAGACCAGGCGAUUUAAAGGCAUUGCCUACAUAGAGUUUAAGGAUCCGGAAAGCGUCGCUUUGGCGCUAGGUCUAUCUGGCCAAAAAUUGCUGGGCAUUCCCAUCAUAGUGCAGCACACUCAAGCUGAGAAGAAUCGAAUGGGAAAUUCGAUGCCCAUGAUGAUGCCCAAAGGCAUGACUGGACCAAUGCGAUUGUACGUUGGAUCGCUGCAUUUCAACAUCACUGAAGAUAUGCUCAGGGGUAUUUUUGAGCCAUUUGGUAAGAUUGAGAACAUCCAGUUGAUUAUGGAUCCGGAAACAGGGAGGUCUAAAGGAUAUGGCUUCAUUACAGUGAGUAUACUUUAAUUACGUUUAUAAUUAUUAUAGUCCAAGACCAAUCAUUUUAUACUCAGUUUAUAUCGGAAUGUUUAGAACGCGAUUAUGUGGUAGACUCAAUUUAUACAGAUUUUUCAAAAGCUUUUGAUGAGCUCAAUCACAGCAUUAUUUUCAGUAAACUCUCAAAACUUGGCAUGCAGGGGUCCCU